UUGCAGCCAGAAGUCUUAUCAAUACGGAUCAAGUGCAAGCAAUUCUCGGUCCACAAACAUGGGAAGAGGUGUCGUUAGUCGCUGAGAUUGGAAGUAAGAGUCGCAUUCCUAUUAUGUCUUUAGCUGAUGCAACUCCAGUGUGGGCAACAGAACUGUGCACCUUUCUAGUUCAAGCUUCACCAAACAAGUUAAAGCAAAUGGAAGCAAUAGCAGCGAUAGUUCAAAGGUGGGAGUGGCAUCAAGUCACCAUAAUCUAUGAAGACAAAGACUUUUCAGCUCCAGCAGUGCUAAGCCAUCUAUCUGAUGCUCUCCAAGAAGUAGGUGCAGAAAUUAGCCAUUAUUUUGCCAUCCAGCCUUUUGCUUCUUCAUCAUUGUCAGAGGAACUUCAGAGGCUUAAGGGCAGCCAAUUUAGAGUGUUUGUGGUCCACUUGUCAUUGCCGGUUGCAGUUGAGCUAUUUGAGAAGGCAAAAAUAAUGAACAUGAUGGAAAAGGAUUACGUAUGGAUCAUUAUGGAUCCUUUUGCAAGCCUUAUCCAUUCCUUCAAUGCCUCUACCAUCUCCUCAAUGCAAGGAAUUGUUGGAGUAAAGAGCUACCUCCCUGAAAAUGAGUCCCGUUUUCAGGAUUUUCGCUAUAAAUUUCGCCAGCGAUUUAGCUCAGAGCAUCCUGAGGAGGUCAACCAUGAACCAAGCAUUUUUGCAGCACAGGCUUAUGAUUUAACAUGGACAGUGACCCUUGCAAUGAGCAAGAAGAAGCAGGGAAGGCAGCAAAUUAUAUCAAACAUUUUGCAAAGUGAUGUUGAUGGCUUAAGCGGGAAGAUUAAUUUUACUGGUCAAACAAUAGCUCCAGCACAUACAUUUCAGAUCAUCAAUGUGAUUGGAGAGAGCUACAUAGAACUUGGUUUCUGGUCAGAUGGACGAGGUUUCUCAGAGACAAUUGCUGGAAGUGAUGCAUUUAAAUCUUCCAUGAACGCUUUGGGGCAAGUUUUUUGGCCAGGGGGGAUUCAGGGUACGCCGAAAGGAUGGAGUCCACCAACAAUUGCCAAUCCACUGAAAAUUGGUGUUCCAACCACAGCAACAUUCAAACAAUAUGUAGAAGUGGAAGUGGAACAAGAUCACUUGGGAAAUAACAUCUUCUCUUAUAAAGGACUUGCAAUUGAUGUCUUUAAAGCCACUCGACAAGAACUGCCAUUUCAUUUGCCAUACAAUUUUCUUCCCUUCGAUGGCACAUUUGAUGCUUUAGUUGAGCAAAUUCAUUUAAAGAACUUUGACGCUGCAGUUGGUAGUAUAUCGAUACUAGCCAACCGAUAUCAGCAUGCAGAAUUCACAGCGCCUUACACUGAA